GGAAGGGGCGGCGGCCCUGGCCAGCUUCCGCGUCACGGCCCUUAAAGCACCUGCCCGCCUGUCGCCGCUACGAAGGUGCAGUCUGAGCCCAGGAGUCGGCUCCAUGGACACGCUACGGGCUACGUCCGGCGCUCGGCGGGGAGCUGUGAUGGACGCCUUCCAAGAAUCUGAGAUAUGAGUGACCCCUGUGGAAAGAAGUCUGUCCAAGAAGCCAGCCCCACCAUGAGUCUGUGGGAUCUUGAGGACAGCCACAGCUGCCGGGGUCGCCCUCAGCCAGCCCAGGAUCCUGAAGCUAAAGAGGCCUCUGCUGAGCUGCAGAUGAAGGUGGACUUUUUCCGGAAACUGGGCUACUCGUCCUCUGAGAUCCACAGUGUCCUGCAGAAGCUGGGGGUCCAAGCGGACACCAACACAGUACUGGGGGAGCUGGUGAAGCAUGGUUCUGCUACUGAGAGAGAGUGCCAGGCCUCGACAGAUUCCUGCCCCCAGCCCCCUCUGGUGCCCCGGGGCGGGAGCACCCCCAAGCCUUCCGAACCCUCACUCCCAGAGGAGGACAAGGACGGCAGUGACCUGAGGCCUGUGGUCAUUGAUGGAAGCAACGUGGCCAUGAGCCACGGGAACAAGGAAGUCUUCUCUUGUCGAGGCAUUCUGCUGGCUGUGAACUGGUUUCUGGAGCGAGGCCACACAGAUAUCACUGUGUUUGUACCAUCUUGGAGGAAAGAACAGCCUCGGCCAGAUGUGCCCAUCACAGACCAGCACAUUCUGCGGGAACUAGAGAAAAAGAAGAUCCUGGUGUUCACGCCAUCCAGGCGUGUAGGUGGCAAGCGUGUGGUGUGCUAUGAUGACCGCUUCAUUGUGAAGCUGGCGUACGAAUCUGAUGGGGUGGUAGUCUCCAAUGACACGUACCGGGACCUCCAAGGCGAGAGACAGGAGUGGAAGCGCUUCAUUGAGGAGCGGCUGCUCAUGUACUCUUUCGUCAAUGACAAAUUCAUGCCCCCUGAUGACCCUUUGGGACGGCAUGGGCCUAGCCUGGACAACUUCCUUCGUAAGAAGUCACUGCCUUCUGAACACAGGAAGCAGCCGUGUCCCUAUGGGAGGAAGUGUACCUAUGGAAUCAAGUGCCGAUUCUUCCACCCUGAGCGGCCGAGCCGCCCCCAGCGCUCUGUGGCUGAUGAACUCCGUGCUAAUGCCCUCCUCUCACCCCCCAGGACCCCAGUCAAGGACAAAAGUGGCCAGAGGCCUUCCCCUACCUCUCAGCCUAGCUCUGAGUCUCCAGAAGCUGAGCAAGGCAGUCUGGAUGGGAAAAAACUGGGGGCUAGAUCAUCCCCAGGCCCUCACCAAGAAGGCUCAACACAGACCUUUACUGCAGCUGGGAGAAGCCUCCCUGUUAGUGGGGGCAGCUUUGGGCCCACAGAGUGGCUCCCACACACCCUAGACUCACUCCCAUACACUUCCCAGGAGUGCCUUGAUUCAGGCAUUGGCUCCUUGGAGAGCCAGAUGUCAGAAUUAUGGGGGGUGCGAGGAGGCAGCCCGGGGGAGUCGGGCCCUCCUCAGGGCCCUUAUGCUAGUUAUCAUACCUAUAGGUCUGAACUCCCGACAGCACCUGCCUACCCUCCCUUUAGACAGCCCAUGGGUGCGGGCCACUUCAGUGUCCCCGACUACGUGCCCCCGCUACCCACCUUUCCAGCCAGAGAGUAUUUAUCUGAGCCAUACCCUUUGCCCUCACCUACCGCAGUCCUGCAAGAGCCACAGAGGCCCAGCCCAGGGGCUACCAGGGGCCACUGGGGUAGGGUGAACGAAAGGGCCAAAGAAAGGGCUGGUGUGUACACCAAGUUGUGUGGUGUCUUUCACCCGCACCUUGUAGAAGCUGUGAUGGGGCGAUUCCCACAGCUCCUGGACCCCCAGCAGCUGGCCGCUGAGAUACUUUCUUACAAGUCCCAGCACCUCAGUGAGUAAGCCAGAAGGUGGCUCAAGGGGCUAUCAGGCAUUGGAUCCGUCUCCAGCCCCUGACCCACCCUCAAAGCUGGACAGAGGGAUGAGUGGAGCAGGCAAGAGAAUCCUCGAACCAAAGAUACCAUAGGAUUGGUUCUGGCCCUGUGGCACCUCUAUCUAUCCCACACAGGUCAGAAGUGAUCACCCUGUUGAUACACAUUGUAUCUCUGUCAUUUAAGGAGACGUUGCCGGUCAGGCCGUCCAUCCGUG